AUGGCCGAUUCAACUGAUGCCUUGUCUUCACCAACCGUUACACCUACUAAAGGAACAAAACGUGAAGCAGAUUCGGAUGAUGUAAGUCCAACAAAAUUAAAAACAUUAAAAGCUACACGUAAUGGUACAAAUGGUGGUGGACCAGUCGAUGAUGACUCAUCAAAUCAUAAAAAUGGUGAUGAUAAUUUACCUGAUGAAGACGAUGAAGAUGAUGAUGACGUAGCCGGUGAUGAUCAAGAUGCUGAUGAUUAUGAGGAUGAAGAUGCUUCUGAUGAUGAUUAUGAAGAAGAUACUGGAGAAAAUGGUGAAGAUGAUGAAGGUGAUGCAAAAGCUUCGACUGGUAGAUCAAAUUCUCGAAGAGCUGCGGCUGGUGCAUCAGAUGCUAAUGAAAGUGGUGAUGAUGACGAAGAUGAUGAAGAGGAUGAUGAACAAGAAUAG